GGAACCCGGCAGACGGCAUAGUAACACACACCUUCAUAAAGUCUGAGGCACAACCUGCCUGCGGCUUCAACUCUCCUCUCUCACAGCGGCAGCAGCACCCUGCAGUCAUGCUCAGUCUCAUCAAAUUCCCACGAAUCUUUAGCAUCAAUCAGGUGCCCAAAGUUUUCCAUGAGGACAGCAUCAUUUCUGGGUACCGGCACCCACGAAGCUCAGCCACUGACUGCAUCCUCAGCCUCUUCCAGAUGACCAAUGAGACACUCAACAUCUGGACCCACUUUUUACCCACCUGGUACUUCCUGUGGAAGCUGGUGACGGUGGUGCUGAUGCAGCAGGGAUGGCAAGACACCUUCACCUGGCCUCUGUUGGUCUUCCUCUCCUCUUGCUGCAUUUAUCCAUUGGCGUCCAGCUGCGCUCACACCUUCAGCACCAUGUCACUGCGGGCACGCCACAUCUGCUUCUUCUUUGAUUAUGGGGCGCUCAGUUUGUACAGCUUAGGGUCUGCAAUUGUUUAUUCAUUAUACGCCUUCCCCGACAAGUGGUUGAACAGCUCCUUUCACCAGUGGUACAUCCCCAUUGCUGUGGCUAACACCGUCAUUUGCACCGUCCUGGCCUGUUACUCCAGGCUUGGCUUUCCAUUCCUGCAAUAUAACCAUGAUGUUGUAAAAAGAUUACCUGAGAGUCCAAAGUUCAGCAAAUUCCUGCGGAUCCUUGCCUUUGCCUAUCCCUACCUGUUUGACAACAUUCCUCUCUUCUACAGGGUGUUUCUGUGCACAGGGGAUGGCUGCACUAACAACGACACCAACAUUCUCCACUACAAACACAUUUCCCUGGCUUUCCUCACCGGCUUCCUCUUUGCCACACAUUUACCUGAACGUCUGGCACCUGGCAGCUUCGACUACAUAGGUCACAGCCACCAGCUCUUCCAUGUGUGCGGCAUCCUAGGCACCCACUUCCAAAUGCUGGCCGUAGAGCAGGACAUGGUGACGAGACGUCCCUGGCUCACCGUUAACUCCAUUCCCAUCUCGUCUGCUAACUCAAUGGGUCCAGCUGUGCUGUGUGUGGUGCUGAAUUUGAUCAUCAUCUUGCUCUUCAGUCUGCCUCUCUUUUCUGGCCCAGUGUGUAAGGAAAGCAAACAUGGAAAAGAUAAAGAGAAAGUGGCAACUAAAGGCUGCUCCUGUUACUAAAUCUUAACCCAGGACUUAUAAACGGGGGAAAAGAAUAAGUGAUGGUGAGAAAAAAGAAACAGUGUAAAAGCAUUCAGCUGUGAUAGCUGCUAUGAAAGUAUUCGAGAGCUGAGCUGAAAAUCUAGGGACAAGUUGAUUUUUAAUGCAAUGAACACUACAAUAAAUGUAACAGUUUCGGUGGAAACUUGUUCUUGUAUAGAGCUACACGGACAUUAGGUUUGCUGUAUUAUGUGGUGCUUCAAAUAUUUGCACAGAUAUGUUUUUUUACUGUUCUCCGAGUGUCAUACAUGUGGGGAAUGAAGGGACUGUGGGGAACAAAAACGAUGUCAAGGAUGAAAUUCACUUUUAAUUUGGAAUUUUAAAGCUUUGUUUGUCACUUUAAGUUUUCAUGUUCAUAACACUCAAGUCUUUUAGAUGGUACUGUCAAAUGUUUUCUUUUUGAGUUGAAACUUUCAGCAUAAGGACGGCUUCAUAAAAUGUGUCAUAAAUUUCUGAUGUUGUUGAAGCUAUUAACCAAUGAUACUGUCAUAAGAUUCCUGUGUCCGUCCACCUGGAAGUUGUUGGAAUUUUUGUUUGUUUGGUAAAAUAUGUAAAAAGAAAGUAUUUAAAUUUUAAAUUAUUUAUUAUAGGUUUUUGUCAAAUACAAUUUAAACCAAG